AUGACGACGCCACCGUCUCUUUUUCACGCGCUCCUUCGCCCUUCUAUCCUCCAAAUCCUUCGCUCUACGGGCUACCAUUCGACGCGCCCAGCCGUGCUUGACUCCCUGACUGACCUCGCGGCUCGAUACCUGUCGCUACUUUGCCAGAGCACCGCCGACCAUGCUGCUCACAACCAAGGCGACACCGCCGACUUCACUAUAGCGGAUAUACGAAUGGCGCUACAGGAUGCUGGCGCCAUAAUGCCAGAGCGCGUUCCCACAGAGGAGAUGUGGCGCGGUGAGGAGGAUCUGCGGGGAGUAGAAGAGUUCAUGGCAUGGUUCGCUGGACAGCGCAUGAAGGAGAUGAUGGAGGUUGGCAGCGGAGAUGGUGAAACAGACGCCACAGAUUAUCUUAAUGCUCUCAAGAAGAAGCACAGCAAAACUGGCGAGGACGCAAAGUACCACGGAACCAUACUCGGCCGCGGACACGACACAGGCGAGAUCCAAGUUGAAGGUGGCCCAGAGACUACAAUCGCAGAAUGGAUUUUCAAUCGCGCGUCACCACAGAGCAGCCCGACACCUAGUGAAGACCAACAGGAGGACAGAGACCAACCUCCACAGCAACAAGCACCUCAACAGAACGGCCACGCUAGCGACGAUGAGUCAGGUCUCAGCUCCGUAGGCGACCGCAUAGAUCAGGACGACACGAUGGACUUGUCUUAA